AUUCAGAAAUCCCCUUCUGUAUCUUUGACGGUUGUUCAGGAGGCUUCACUUCUGCUUCUGGAUUUGACUGAGGGUCAGAGAUAUGGUUGUAAAUUUUGUUGUAGCCAUUUUCACAUGAAAUGAGAGUGUAAACACAGCCAGCAGCAACUUUAUUGCAUAAAACUGCUAAUUUUGAAAGGAACUCAAAACACACAGAAUUUAGCAGGUGAAAUAAUGUCGUGCAAAGAUUAUAAUGAAGAUGUUUGGUUUAGCCCACAUUAAUAUCCCAACAUUUUUCAAAGAAAGGAUUGUAGUUCCCUGUUAAGGUUACGUUUUCUGCUAUUGUUUGUGCAAAUUUUUACGUAUUUUCUGCCGCACUUCUUCCUUCCAGUUAACUUUUCAUUAAUAUGUUUGGAAACAUUAACCAGCCAGCUACUGUAGCAAUUAGAUGAAUUAGAUUAGCUUACCCAGUAGUAACGACCAUAGCAUAACGUGUCUGAAUUGUUUUUUUUCCCCCAUGCAAUAGUCCUACAUUGAAUUUGGGUUUUAUUUGCCUGGCAUCUAAAUCAACUGAAAAAAAUGCCAGAUGAUUUUACUUCUGAAUUGAAUCACUACAAUAAAUAUGUUCAAACUAUAAUAUAAUUUACAGAAACACCAGUAUGUUGCCAUAACCUUCCAAAAGAGAUUGUAGUGUUUAUCAUGUUGAAACUGACACCUUUAUGAUUCCUGUCUACUUUUUAGACAUAAAAAUAAUUUAUACGUUAUGUAUAAGACUAGUUUCAGAUAUGCAAUAAUAAAGUCUAAACUUAAUAGUUUUAAGAAUUACCAGGUAUAUUUAACAGCCUAAAGUGCUACAGCUGCUUAGAAGCUACAAUUGUACAUGCUAGCUAUAGUGUGUUAGCUACAGCAUGCUAGUUGUCCGUCCAGUUGAUUCGCCAAUAUUCGUCUCUUUCCGUCACGGCCACGAAGUUGUCCCAUUGGCUCCAACUGUCUGCCCGCGGCGGGGAAGGGAGAGGAGGCGGUGGCGAUCCGCAGCUCAAUGACGGCAGAAGCAGUGUUGACAGUUGAGAGCCGACACAGCCCACAGCUGGGACUCACACAGGCCUAGCUAUAUCCGAAACAGCGUGAAUGUGUGUCAAGGGAAACACGGGGUGCGAGACAUAGCUUGUCGCACCGCCUGCGAGAUGUUAAGGACCGUGUGCGGACUGCGUGACAAUACAGCGCGGUGUCGAAGCGGAGCGGACGCACCGAGCGGAACCAGUAGUACAAGUAAAUAAAUAUAUGGGUUAACUCUCUACAGGCACUUCCUGGGAACACACAUUAUAUUAGAAAGGGAGAUUAGGUCGGUGAAUUCCUGGAAACACGGAGUCCAGAAUGGAAAAUGUAGCGCUUGUAGGCUGGGGUUUAUUUUCAGAAGUUGACGCUCAGACUUCGGCUUCCAGCGGCGUGUAGGAGGCUCGUGUGCCAGUGAACCACCAUCCGUCUUGCACGUUUGACAGAUAGCCAAUCAAAUCUGUUAUUCAAAUCGCUGCUGUUAUGUCAGUGACCUAUAUCCCCGGCAUGAACGCCAAAAUCCAGCAGUAACCUCCCCUCCAGUCCAGACAGCAUGGGGAUCAACGGGAUAGAGAUUCAAGCGAAGCCGUCCACAGAGAAGUCCCGGACGGAGCAGCCGGGCGCAGAGCCUCAGAUGGAGCCGAGAGAUGCUCCCCCGGAGGCGGACGGCAGCAAGGAUGGACAGCCGGCGGGUAGCGAGUGUAAAAUCGCGAAGGAGGAUAAUGCCGUGCAGCUGAUAGACGGAGAGUCCAAGCCUACUCUCUCCGCCUCACCUGAUGCUGAAGCUGGGGUGCAGCUGGAGAUGCACGGCCAGGGAUCCGGAUUUGUCCCGCCAGAAGGAGGCUGGGGCUGGCUCGUGGUUUUUGCUGCAACCUGGUGCAACGGGUCCAUCUUCGGGAUUCAGAACUCUUUCGGGAUCCUCCAUACGAUGCUGGUGAAGGAGCACACGGACCCGGAGGACCAAACCUCCCAGUUCAAAGUGGCCUGGGUCGGGGCCCUGGCCAUGGGCAUGAUCUUCUUCUGCUCUCCUGUGGUCAGCAUGUUCACGGACCACUUUGGCUGCAGGAAGACCGCUGUCUGUGGGGCGGCAGUGGCUUUUAUAGGGCUCCUCACAACAUCAUUUGCAAACUCCCUAAUCCUUCGCUACUUCACAUAUGGGAUAUUGUUCGGUUGUGGCUCAUCCUUUGCCUUCCAGCCGUCAUUAGUGAUCCUCGGUCACUACUUCAGGCAGCGACUGGGCCUGGCCAACGGUGUGGUGACUGCCGGAGCCAGCCUCUUUUCCAUGGGACUGCCAGUUCUUCUGGACAGAUUGAUUGACCCUCUGGGUCUUAGCAGAACCUUCCAGAUUCUCAGCCUCUUCAUGCUGGUGCAGGCCCUGCUGGCAUUAACAUUCAAACCUUUACUUCCCACCGGGGGAGGCAUGGGCCCACCGGGGAUGGGCCCCGGCCCUGCUGAAGCUGAGACCCAGGCAUCGGCUCAGGGGAUGAGCAAGUGGAGCAAGGUCGUUGCUGGGGUUAGGAAGUACUUCAACCUUCGUGUGUUUCACAUUGUGACGUACCGGGUGUGGGCGUUCGGAGUAGCAACAGCUGUGCUGGGAUACUUUGUGCCAUAUAUCCAUCUGAUCAACUUUGUGAAGGAAAAGUUCAAAGAGAAUGAACAGGAAUGGGUGCUGCUGGUUUGCAUCGGAGCGUCGUCUGGGGUGGGACGACUUGCCUUUGGAAAGAUCGGAGACCUCAUUCCUGGUCUACGGAAGAUCUACAUGCAGGUGGCGUCCUUCAUGGCCCUGGGCCUCAUGUCCAUGAUGAUUCCUCAGUGCGCGGUGUUCGAGGGGCUGGUGGUGGUGUGUGUGUUCCUGGGGCUUUGUGAUGGUUGCUUCCUCACCAUGAUGGCUCCCAUCGCCUUCGAGCUGGUGGGCCCCAUGCAGGCCUCUCAAGCCAUAGGUUACCUUCUGGGCCUUAUGUCCCUCCCAAUGACGGCAGGUCCACCAAUUGCAGGUCUUCUUCAUGACUACUUUGGCGACUACACAGUAGCUUUCUCCCUGGCUGGGGUACCUCCUAUGAUUGGGGGCGUGGUGCUGUUUUUUGUGCCCCUGAUCCACCGCAGGAUCCAGCAAAACCAGGCAUCGCCUGAGGAGACGUCGACGACUGCCCACAUGUUGCCCACCACCCCACCUGCUGGGGAACCCAAGAGCUGCUCCAACGGAGACAUCCUGCCUGGUUAUACAGACGUAGAGACACACAUCUGAGUCGCAUCUUACAAAGGGAUUCAGCCCACCAGCACUUUUUUUCAUCCCUUGAAUCGCCUGUAUCGCUCACAGAAGUCUCACCUUUGGACUUCAUUUCUGGUUUACCUUUAAUCUCUAAUCCUUCCAAAUCUCUGCCAGAUUGCUUUUUUUCUCUUUUUUUUUUUUGUGCAAAGAAAAGUUCAGAAGCGCACUCCAGCUAGAACCAGCAUGGAGGGCCAGAAGAUGGGGGUUCAGCGCUGGAUGAACGCAACAAAUUCUCAACGAACUGUGUGAAAACACACAAACCUCCAAAGGAGGAGGGGGAGAAGAGAGAUCAGCAGUAGAUUCAUUUAUCUUACAAUCAUUUUAUUUUUUAGUCUUUUAAAUAAAUUCAUUCUUAACAUGAAAAGCUGGACAAGAGAUGCAUUUUCUAUGCAAUCUCUGCAGUUUCUUUGUAUUGAACCUCGUACAUAUAUGUUAAGAGCUCAUCCAUUUUAUUUAGUUUGUGUUGUCUAAACAGUCUUACUUUCAUGGGUUUAUAGUUUAUUCUGCAGCGUCUGCUUUCUUUCCAAACCACCAGUAAACGGGCUAUUCCUCUCACAGAUGAGCCACUAAACACAAUCACCUCGAAUUAGCUGCAGACAACUUUUAGGUCCUGACCUUUACGCUGUAGGAGCAGGUGGGGUCAGAAUCGUCAGCAGAGCGUCUUUGAUCUCCUCUUUCAGGAGACAGAUGUGUAGAUCUGGCAGCUGGUAGUAUGUUACAUGUUUGUUUUCGGUUCUCUCUUUUCAAUUUUGAUUCGUUCCUUCUCACUGCAUGGGUACAAGUUUAGUUUUACAGUCAAAUGUAUAAUAGGUUGAGCAUAUUAUUGAUAUGUAAUCAUCAAACCUUCCGUUGUCCUGUCUUUUCUACGUUUAAUAAGGUGCUAGAUAAAUCUGCUUUCACUAUGUUUCUGAUAGCUUUGAAAAAUAAUCAACUGUUACUUUGUUUUGCUGUUUUAGUGUAAAGGAAUUCAAUUAUAGAGGUGUUAAGAGAGAUUCUAGUAUUCCUUCAGUAAUCUUUUUUUAUUUACAAUACGUUAGAAUAAUGUUAAAGUUGAAACAUUUUCUUUUUUUAAAUGCGUGUUACUGUUCGUGCACACACAAGGUUAAUUACUGUUAGACAGCCGAGCUACAAUAAUGUAACAUUUAUAGAUCAGUAAAUAACACUAAUCUCCUCAACUCUGACUUUUAAACAUCAUAUAUAAUAAUUUUACACCUUCUCCUUUUCAGCUGUGUUUUGAUUUGUGGGGUAAAUUCAUUUUUAUGACCUAAAUAGAGAAAUAAUAUGGAGAAAAGAAAAAAGAAAAACGAGAAAAAACAAAUGGGAGCCAAAAGUUACCAAAGACUGAUAAUGUUACUUCUGUAACACCAAACUGGCAUUGAAACAAACAAUAUCCACUCAAGACAAUAGAACGGUAUCCUGAUACUCAUCAAACCGUCACCCUAUGAAGGGAUUCUAAAGCCCUCUUGUGAGGGCCCUCUACAUUUAAAUUUUUCUUCUGGUUCUGACCAGUCCUGCUACUGCAAUGCCAACUAUCACCAGAGUACUUUAUAUUAGCAAACCAUGUGGUUUUAUUUCUGAAGAAUUAUAUUUCACUGAUUUGUUUUUUCUUUUGUAUGUUUUAUGCUUCUAAAAUGUAAAAUAUACCCUUUAGGCUAUUCUUCCUUCUUCAAAGGAAGAAUAGCAGGUGGUGCGAUGUCAGAGCAAAUAUCAGCUCACACAAUCCUGUCACGAUUAAUUUUGAAUAAGAAAUAGUCUGUGGUUUGUGACAAUCAAAUCUGAAGAACAAAACAUGAUGUCCCUUCCUUUCAGAAGUGACUCCAUAACUCUGCAGAAAUGUCCUGAAUGUAACAAAACGGGGUUUUUUGUUUGUUUUCGCCCAAAUUCUGCACAUCUAAAUGUGAUUCCUUAUCGAAAGGAAAAACCGUCAUCCACGACAGAACACAAAAGUUCUAAUCCACUGCAGUCGUGACCACCGCAGUGUUACUCAUUAGUUUUAAGGUUGAGGCUGGUUAGAGUGCGCCAGCUGAUUAUUUUGAUUGCAGACGUCUUGUAAUGAUGUUGCCAAAUGAGCCAAGCUUGGGCCGUUUCUUAGAUAAUUGCAUUAAUUUGCUGCUUUUCAUUAGACUCACUGGAGGGCACAGAGUAUUGUUGAGGCAGUAAUGCAACACAUCACACCCCUGGUGACCCUAACGGGGCAGUUUUGCAGUUAUUUCUCUCACUGGGACCACCUGCUUCUGCUGUGCUGUAAAUUAAAACGUGAAGCGAAGCUGCACCGCUCAAGCAAUGUGAUCGGAUAGAAACAGGAACAGCAAAAGGUGAAGUGGGGAAAAGGGAAUGCUGUGGUGCUCAGCUAACUUUCCCUGUUUGUUUAGAUUUUGUUAUUAUCAGGUCUGCUGUUGUGCUGUGACAGUGUGCAGCCUGAAAGUUACUCAAACCUCGUCUCUUGAGAGGUUUCCUGCUGGCUUUGCCAGACGACUGACGGUUCCUGAACUCUUAUACCUCAGUAAUCAAAUGUUCCUCAGCAGUCCAGUUGAACAUCAUGCUUACAUUCUCCAUUUCUAGUAUUUCUCUGUUGUAUUUCUGUUUUGUGUGAGCCACAGUUCUGCCAAAUGCCUUUCACUGAUCAUGCCAACAUUUACUUCCAAUGUUUUUGUUCUUCCUCUUGACUUUCCCAUUUAUUAGCUGUCGGUUUUUACUUUUAUGUUCACAGUUUAAAUGUCCCUGCUAUUUGUCUGUAGGUUGUUUUUUUUAUGUCCUUUUGCUAAAGAAACCUUUGGAUAAAUGUGAAAUAUCCUUAAAUGAGUCAACAGAAACACUCGACUGUAAAGACAGGAGAUCAGAAACACCGGUUUGUCUAAGUUUUUUAAGCUUUGGAGUUCAUUUAAACUGAUAUUUUAAGCUAUGCACUAAUGUUUUAGAAAAGUAUGUUUAUUAUAUCCUUUAAGGAAAUAUCCUUCUGUUUGUUGUGAGUUUUUUUUUUAAGUUUUGUGGUUAAACAAAAUUGCAGAAGAAGCUGCUUAUAAAAGCUGCAUGAAAACCGCAUUAGUAAACAAAUGCCCCUUGCAGAUUUUGUUUUUUUGUUACGAUUGUAUGAAAUAUUUUUAUUUAAAUAAAUACAGAAGUGUGUUGAUACUUAGCUCCUGCACUGAAGUAAAAAUAUUCAAUUAUUGUUGGAAUUAAACAUUGCACUUAGUGAUCCCUGUAAGUAAAGGAGGGCCCACUAAAGUCACACAUUGUGGGAAACGUUUGGGGGUGUAAAAGUUGUCCAAAGGGCCAAAUCGUCUGGCAGCCAUAAAGGAGGAUCAUCAAGGUGAAACCAGCUGCCAAUUAACAGCUUGUACAGAUUCUGUUUAUAUAUGGUCUGAGUGGUUAUUGUUUGCCCUGUUUUAUAAUGACUUUGUCGUCACUUUGUUAGUCAGCAGCUUUGACUUUUUAUGCAAGUCGUUUCUUGUUUUGCAAAGAACUAAAACCAAGUGGUGAUGCGUUAACCUGUGAAAACCCUUGAGUGGAAAUCUGCCUUACAUUAACCGUGUCAUUAGCAGGUGGUCAAGCUGCACACCAGAACAGGAUUUGCUUUUAGCUUUGAAGAAUCCCUGCAUGUCCUCCCUCAGUGUGACUUUUUACAAAUUAAAAGUAACCAGACUUUACUUUCACCUAGUUCCUAGAACCAACCAAGUGCUCCUUUUUUUUUUUUUUGAUCAACUACAGUCGAUUUAAAAGAGGAAAUGGACUGAUUCGAUGUCAUUUCUAAUGGUUUAUGAGUUAUCAUUUGCUGCUGUUUGCAGGAGAUUUGCUGUGCUGGCUUAUUUGUGGAGAUUAGAGCUAACAUAUAAUGGUGAAGGAACGGAGUGGAUGUAGAGUGAUAGGAAGCAUUUAGAUGGCUGAAGGUGUGUGUGAGUUUUAGUCUGCCAAAGUUUUUUUUUGUCUAUGCAGCAUCACUGGUCCUGUUACUCUGACCGCUGAAUUCUGAAUACCCCUGAUGAUACGGUGCCUUAAAAAUGUGUUCUUGCUCUUGCACUUUAUCACAUUACAACCACAAACAUCCGUGCUUCAUAUUGUUUUAUGUGACUGACCAACACAAAGUGGUGUGUAGACUAGAGCUGCAGGUGUUUAUUGUGACAUCACUGCCAGAGACGACUGUCGAUUUUCUCAGCAAAAUAACUCAAGCUCAGUCAGAUUACAUGGAGAAUGUUUGCAGAAGUCAUUUCUCAGGUCUUAGCAAUAAUUCCCAAUAGAAUUUAACUCAAGCGUUGACUAGACCAUUCUAACAAAAGAUGGUGGCUUAAUCAUUUAUUGGUCAAAUUCAUAGUCACUGUUCAGAAGUGAAUCUCAAAUCUUUUCCAGCCUCUAACAGGUGUUCCUCCAUGGGGUUGUUUGUGUUGCCAACCAAAGAUGUGCAUCCCACAGCAUGUUGCUGCCACCACCAUGUUUCACACUGACAAGGGUGUGUUUGUUGUUUGAAACGUUCAAACAAAUGUUUAUGUUUUGAUCUAAACCAUAGAUGUCUCCAUUCAGUUGAUCCACGUCUCCAACCAGCUUCCCUGGUCUUGCCGGUAGCAUCCCCACAACAUGAUGCUGCCACCACCGUGCUACACCUGUGGCGUAGUGUAUCCUUUUCUGUUGUGUCAGGUUUGAUGUAUGGCCGUGUUUUGGUAGGCUUCAGAGUUGUGCCAUACCAUUUCAAGAUCCUGGUGGACUCUGUUUGCUUAUUAGGCAACUUUUGGUUGGGCCGAACCUCAUGUAGUAUCAGAGUAAAAAAGACUUUAAACCACAAUUCUCAUAUUUCUGCAACAUUUCCCAGUCGUUGUUCUCUGUUGGUCUGUUGCAUAAAGUUCCACUGAAAUACACUGAGGUUUGUGGUUGAAACAAAAAUAAGUGCGGAAAGGUUCGAGGAGCCUGAAUACUUUUGCAAAGCACUGUAAAUGUUUAUUCAGCAUUCAAAGCUGCGAGCUGCAGUAGAUGCACACAGUGGGGCCUCUUGUGUUUCACCUUAAUGAGCUCCAAACACUAAUUCUUGUUUUCAUAAUGAACAUGUGUUUUUCUAAUUAAUAACAACCCAGGCUUCCUUUCUUUGCAUUUCUCUCAAGUUGCUCUCUUCACCUGCAGACCUUUCAACCACACAGUCUGCAGGUUGAAGCCUCGGUGUGGGGUGCAGGAGGUAUAAUUCAUGCUCCGUUUGACGUGAGACGAGGUAAAGCCUCCCUAGGGCACAAUUCCCAGUUGUUGCAUCGCUCUGGAAUUCAUGCUAAACAGGCCGGGCGAACUUGAAAGAGUUCGAGCUGUGUGUUUAAGCAAUUAAUCUGUUGUUCUUAUUUAAAAGCGGCCAGAAGGAAGAAGCUGGCCUCUUAAGUUUCAUCUCAUUAUCGGCCUCACUGGCUUGAAGUGAGUCCAGACUUUUUUGUAACACCCCGGUCUUGUUAUUCUGCCGUGCAGUGGGCCAUUCCCCUGCACUCCUCUGACCUCAGUCUGCUUUACUUUUUAACUGGUGUGCUUUACCUCACUACCAAACCACACAAACACCUGAAACCGAUAGCUGAAGGACCGAUUGUUUGAAAUCUGAGCCAUGACACACAACAUGUCUGCACCUCAUAGACUGCCGGACUUCCAGCAAGAAUACUCUGUUGUGGUGUUUUUGC